AUGGGAGGCGAAGAUUCUGAACGCGAUAAAGAUGAACCUCCGCCGCAGAAGGCGGACUUAAAGCUUUGGGGAAUACUCGCGUUUACUGUAAUCGGCGCAACCGCCACCACUUUCGCCGUAGGUAGAUCACAGUCAGCGCGGAGAGGAGCCAGAGGCGGUUUCCGAACAGCUUUGCAAGAGGAAUCAUGGAGAAGGUACAACAAACGGAUGCAAGAGGAGUAUGAGGAAGAGCUGGAGAGAGUGGAACGUAUUAGGCGUAUGCAAAGCGUUUUCAACAGAGAGAGAAAUAAAUUUCGUAGGGGCUUCGAGAACUGGAAAGAAAGUGAUCCUAAUGCACACCAAUACCAUCAGCAGUUUCAGCGAAAUGAUUGGUACUGGAAAACCGAGUCUACGUACAGAAACCAAAGGACCAAUCACCAGGAGCCUCCAAAACCGAGUAGAGUCUAUCCACUAUCACACCAUUACUCAGUUUUAGGACUCAGCAGGUAA